GCUGUAACUGUAACCGUUACAGCUGGAUUGAGUGCAGGAGCCAGUGGUUUCUUUUUCCUUUCUUUUGAUUUGAAAGAUCUAUAGAUUUUUUUGUUGUUUUAUAGCUUAAAAAGGUGCAUUUGCAGCUGAUUUGCAGAGACUGAGAUCAUGCACUCGGCUGCUUCUGAUUCUACAAGCAGUCCGACACAAUCACGUAAAGCAGCAGCCAUGGACAAUGGAAUGCAGGGAAUCCACGUGGUUCAAACUAAUGGACUGGACUUACAGCAGAAACCAAAUGGACAAGCAGCAAGUGCAAUCAGCAACGUGCAGGCACAAGCCUUCCUUCAACAGUUGAGCCUGAGUUCAGCGCUGCAGCAGGCUCAGUUCCUGGCAGCAGCUGUGCAGCAGUCGGCAGGCCAGCAAAGCAGCACCACUGGAGACAACAUUUCUGCCUCUGCAGCCACACCUGUCACCCAGAUCCCCCUCUCCCAACCAAUCCAGAUUGCUUCGCAGCUGCAGCCUUCAGGCCUGAACCUGCCGCAGUUUGUGUUUGUGCAGCCUGGCCAGCUUCAGCCCACCCAGAUCAUCCUCUCCCCUUCACCUCAAGGCCAGACUGGUCUCCUUCAAGCCCAGAAUAUUUUCACACAAUUACCUCAAAGCCAAGCCCAUGUCCUGCAGUCUCAGGUCACACAGAUGGUCUCUACACAGGCAGCAACCCCUACUCGAAAGAUAGCUGCCAUGCCUGCUCCUACACCCCCCACCCCAAAGCGUGUAGAUGUUUCUCUAGGGGAAGAGGCCAGUGACUUAGAGGAACUAGAGCAGUUUGCCAAGAAUUUUAAACAGAGAAGAACUAAACUGGGCUUUACUCAGGGAGACGUGGGCUUGGCCAUGGGCAAACUUUAUGGAAAUGAUUUCAGUCAGACCACCAUCUCCCGCUUCGAGGCCUUGAACCUGAGCUUCAAGAACAUGUGCAAACUGAAACCUUUGCUGGAGAAGUGGCUUAAUGAUGCAGAGAACAUCACAUCAGAUUCUGCAGUCGCUAGUCCCAGUGACCUGUCCCCAGGCCUGUGUGAGGGCUUGAACCGCCGCCGCAAGAAGAGGACCAGCAUCGACACAAACAUUCGCGUUGCCUUGGAGAAAAGCUUUCUGGAGCAGAGUCACAAGCCUACCUCUGAUGAGAUUACGCUGAUCGCGGAUCAGCUGAACAUGGAGAAGGAAGUGGUGAGAGUGUGGUUCUGUAAUCGUCGGCAGAAGGAGAAAAGGAUCAACCCUCCGAGCAGCAGCGUAUCCAGCACACCGGUUAAAACCAUUUUCACCGGCUCUACACCGGUGUCCACUGCAUCGAGUGCACUAACUAUAAACCCUGCAUUCCCCCUGGGUACCUCUGUUCCCAGCCUCACUCUCGCUGGUACAACUCUGGGUCCGGUCACCUCAAACACAGCGUCAGUCAUUUCUUUGGCACCAGCUAUCGCCACUCCAGCUUCAACGAUCACAUCACCAUCACUCACAACCUCUGCCACUGCCGUAACCCUGAGCAGUUCUAGGCAGAAUGCAGUUGCUGCAUCUGAGGCUGGUGCCACCAUUGCAACAGCAGCACAGGGUGCAGGUCAGUUUGUGGUGACGCCAGCUGCGCUGGGUGGAGCUAACCUGGCCGCCAUGGCAGCAGCAGCAGGAAUCAUUGCGCCCUCCCAGUUAACGCAAGGGGGAACAUUACUGAGUUUGGCUCCAGCAGCUCUUGGCAAUGCUCUGAAUCCAACAGCACUAAUGAACAACUCCACACUGGCCACCAUUCAAGCACUGGCGUCUGGAGGAACAUUACCUAUCACCUCCAUCGACGGAAACGGCAACAUGCUGUUUGCCAACACGAGUGCAGGAGGUACAGGUCCCAGCUUGGUGACCACCCCUCUUUUCCUGAACCCCUCCACUCUGUCACUUCUCCCCACCAGUGUAUUGUCAACAGGUGGAGUCACAGGUGGGGCUCUAAACCUACAGGUGACCAAUAGCAUGCACCAGAGCGCUAUUGCUGCAACAGCAUUGCCAGUCAAAAGCAUCACUGUGGCCUCCAAGGCUCAAUGAACUUCUGGCUUCUUCCUUCUCUUUUCUUAGACUUUAUUUAAUCCCUGUGCUAUUACCAAAUAUUGAGACUUUUUAUUAUUACAUCUAUUCUUUAACCUUCUCCUCCUUGUGCCAGGAAACUAUUUUUCCUUUUUUCUGGACAAUGCGGACUCUCUUUCUUAGCAAAUUGUGUCUUAGGACCUAAAUACGUUUUUGACUGUACUCGCUGUACUACUUGUGGCACAUGCUGAGGAAGCAGAUGUAUUAUCUUUAUCUUAUAUUUUGUUUGCAUGGGUUGGAGGGUCUUUUUUCUUUUAAAAAAUCAGCUUAAAAAAAAAUGACACACUCAACCAAAAAUAUAAGACUUUUUUGAUAAGUUAACAAACUGAACGUCCUUAUAUAAAUGAGAUUACUCAGCACAAGAGAGUUUAUAUUUCACUUUGUACAAGGUUCCUUUUAUUUCUGGGCCUCUUUGUUUUUAGGUCCAUUGUAGAAUAUUUCAGAUUUACAACCAUGAUCAUUUCAUAUAUUUUAUAGUUUAAUUUAGAUAUGUUACUGAAAACUAUUGUCUUGGUGGAUGUUUCGGGGCUUUUUAAAAUUGUUAUUGUUCUGACUAUUGCAUCACUUUAUGAACUCGGUUAGAAGGCUUUAAAAAAAAACUAGAAAUAAAACACAGAGGCUCUGGUUCAAAGCAGCGCCUCUUCAAGAGCAAUGCAAGUGGUCUUUGUUCUGUUGAACCAUCGUCUGCAAACACUGAUUUUACUUUUAGCUCUUGAUCAAUGGGACAGUGACUCAAGGGUGGAGGUUGUCUGUAAACAGCACUGAUUUAUAUAAGUAACAAAUGUAAUACAGGAAACAUUUAUAGUGUGACACUUUAUACAGUGUUCAUAUGUUUUUUCUGUAACAGAUCUGUAAAAUUAGUAACAUUUCCACUAAUUUGGUUUUAAAAGGUAAGAGAAACAUUUAGGCAGUUUCUUUAUUAAUGUAGCUUUGCACAAUAACAUAUUUAUCCUGUCUUCCCUCACAAAUGUAUUCUUUCAUAGCUACUGUUUCCAGGUUGGACAAAAUUCCCAUACCUUUCACAUGAGUGUAGUGCAGAACUAAAAGCUGGUUCAGUGGUGAAGCAUGUGUUCAAUCACAUGCUGUGUGGUUGUUUUUGCUAACGCACAACAGAUAUGUACAAGUGGUGUUAAUUGAUAAAAAUUAUUUAAUCAGAUUAAUUAAUGACAAUAUAAAAUCAAUUUGCUUUCUUUAAAGUUUGGGAUAAAAAACUAAAUGAAUAAAUGUGUAGUGUUCUUCUAAUGUGGCUUCUAAUUAGUAAAGGUUGUAGGGAGAGUGUUAGACACACAAACAAUAAAUUUCAGACCCGGAAGCUUAAAUGGAUCACAGCAAUGAGUUAGUUAUAUUAAUUAUAUUAAUCUAUAUUUAUCAAGCAUAAUUUAAAAAAUACCAGUGUGUUUACAUCCCUAGUUAAAUAAAAGCUAGUUAAAGCUUUCUUGUGAUCGAAAAAUGCAGUCGCCUUGGACAGUGGAGCAAAAUGUAUAAACAUUGAACAACUUGAGCUACUGCAGUCCAUUAUCGCACUAGGUUUGAAUCAGCCUUAAGUAUGUAUGAUUUGGCCCUAGAAUUAAACUUUUUUUUGUUUGUUUGUUUGUUUUUUCCAAUUUUAUGAGCUUUGCUCUGAUUGGCUGCUUCACAGAAGCCACAUAGCAUUGCAAAGGAAAGCAUUGACAGUGCAACAUUUCUUAAAUAUCCUCUGUGCAGACUCUGGUGGCAGAUCACCAUAUAAAGCAAAAGUGUAUUGAACCCCAUGAUGAAUAAAACCACAUAAUCAGCUACACACAAACAAAAUAAAUGUGAUUGGAAAUUAAUAAAACACACUAUAAAUAAUGUGGGUUAUUAAACAGUAACUAUGAAAGAAUGAGGAGCAUGGAUAGGUCAUGUUAGCUGAGCAAAAGCUAAUAAUAAAAUUUUUUUAUUACUUUUUUUUUUAUCUCUUUUUAAAGACUAGCUCAGCAUUUGAGCGAUGGUGUUGAGGCAAAUAGAUCUGAUAAGAAGUUUCAACCAAAGUAAACUGGUAGCUGCUAAAUUUCAAUAGAAAUAGAAAUAAAAACAAAUUUCAUAAAUGACUUUAAAUAGACUGAGUAGAUCAAAAAUGCAUGUGUUGUAGGUUCAGCAUCUACCCGAGGCUGUUUAUCAUAUGUACAUAAAGACUGUUGGACUUUGUAGAGAGUAUAUAUUUUUGUAGAAAUACCUCAGCAGCAUUUAAUACUAAAGCGUAAUACUGAUGUUAAAGGCAUUCUGGAUUUGUGGAAAUAUAUAUCUAUGGUUUUUAGAUGAAUAGCGCAGCUUUAGAUGUGGCCAUAGAGCAUUCCAAUGAUUAGUGAUGCUCACAGUUACUUGAAUGUUGUAGGAUGAGUGAUUUGUUACUCCAGCGUAGAAAAGUACUUCAGUUUAAUAGAAUUAUUACACUUUACCAUUGGCUUUAAACAAAGCUAACCAGCUUUUCUAAAAUUCUCUGUACCUUUUCUAUGUGCCUGACUAACUGCUGUUUUAUUCAGCAGCUGUUCUAUUCACCCCCUCCCCUCCUCACUGGCCUUAAUAAUUAACAAUGCCUAUAUAACUAUUUAGAAGAGACAUUAUAGAUUAGGGUUAUCUUUAAGGCUGUGUUUAAUUUUAUACUUGGCACCAAAGUCACUUCUAAUGCUAUGCAAUUUAUCUAAAUGACCAAUUAAAAACACUGCACAAGAGUCAGGUGAUCUUGUAAUACUUGGGUAUAAAGUACUUCUUUUUAGCUGUGUGGUUUAAGGCCUAUUCACACAAAGUAUGAUCUUUUUUUUGGGGGGGGUGAGGGAAAAAAUAAGUGCAAUUUUUGAACUUCUAACACAAAGUCUGACAUUUUUAUAUUUCUGGGAAAAUCCAUAUUUCAAACAGAUUUUUUCUCUUUUUCUUUUUUAGUAAUAAAUUACAUCAGUGUCCUGGCAUUAUUACCUCUACAAUAUCUAUUAUUAUAUUAUUCUAAAAAUAGAGUGGUCUGGUAAGUAUGUUUGAUACAGUAACUUUCUACAUUUUGAUAUUUUUUUCAUAAGUAAUCAAAAAUACGAUAUGAUGAAAAACACAGAAUUUCACACAAUUUAUAUAUAUUAACUUGUAUUAAAAGGACUCUUCUGCAUGAUCUGUGCAAUUUCACAUUUGCACCAGAGAGGAUCUCCAAACCCCCAGUCCCUAAAACUUACGUAAUGUUGCUUUAAAAAGCACCAAGGAUGCACCAAAUAAAACAUUAUGGUCGAAACAGAAAAUGGUCUUUAUAAAUUAUUACAUCAUUUUACUUCUGUUAUCUGUUUUCUUUAACCUCAGAUUCAUAGAAAAAAAUUACAUGGCAUUGCAGUUAAUCAGUUUCAGACUUGGUGUUAUAAGUGUUAUCAAUUCUAUAAAUUGAUGAUAAUGUUCUUUGGGAGCCUUUUUAAUUUUUAUUUUACAAAUCAGAUCAGACUGUGUGAAUAGGCCUUUGGACUUUUUUUGUUACAGUACUGAUUUACAUAAGCAACACAUUAUCACAGAAAGACUAAAUACUACUGCAUUGCUAAUACUACUAUUGUGGGUCUGUAGUUAUUUUUUAUUUUAUUUCAGUUUCUUGCCAAAUUAAAUGCCUUCUUCUAAUGCAUGUAUGUGCUCUGUCUCUCAGUAGGAAUACUCCUUUUUUUCUUGGUCAUUGAAAUGCUUGUUUUUUACGUUUGUGUUGUCUGUCUUUUUACUGUCUUUUAUUUUGUAGUUAUCAAAAAAAAAUAAACUAUAGGUCUAGGUUUCAAAAAAACAAAAGUCCAGUUAAUCUGUGUUAUUAAGGAAGAAGAGUACUAAAUUGGUCUUAAUAGAGAUUAAAUUCACUUCAGGUUUCUCCACUUAGGUCAUAAUUAUGAAACACUAGAAAUACCAAAGAUUUUUAUGACUAACGACACACAGAAUAAUCCCCCUCCCCUUACAAACUCAAAAUAUACACUAUGUGGACAUAUGUAUUGGGACACGUAAUAAUUAAAUACAGGUGAUUUUAAUAAGUUACCACAAAUGUAAAAAAAAAUAUAUAUAUAUCUGACAUUGGUGAAAGAAUGGAUGGUUCUAAAGAGCUCAGGGGUGCUUCUUUGUCCUUAGUCACAAUGUUUGAGUGUAACAGACCCUUUUGUACAAUUGUAUGGUUUCAGAUUCAUAAAAACAGAUUGGGGAAGGCCCUUUUCUAUUGCAGCAGAAACAUGUAGGCUUCCCAAUACAUUUGUCUACAUAGUGGACCCACAUCUGCUAUUAUCUUAAUAUUAAAGAACUGUUUUAUUGUGUAUUUAAUGAAUUUGUACAGUACCUUAGUUUUAAAUUUAAUGACUUUCUACUUAACCUUAAUUUGCAGUAGACUUUCAUAACCCCCUCUCAAAUUAAAUACUGUAAGUGUUACUAAACCAAAGAUUCUGUCUUUCUAUUGUUUAGUUAUUUCAUUCCUUUUUUUAGCUAUAAUUUGUGUCAUUUAAAUCAUCGUAGCCUCUGUUCGUUCUUUCCACACUGCAAGGAUUCUGAUAAAACAGGGGUGAGUGUAAGAACAAGACAUUUUUGUGUUUUGUUCUUAAAAGUGGCCUUUUUUAUAUUUUGGAAUCUAAGCAUGUUCUUAUCAAGGUCAAUUGUUUUUAUCACUACAGAAUGUGUUUCAUUUAACGUUUUAUUGUUGUGAAAGGGCUGAUACAGGUUUUUUUUUUUUUUUCAGAAAUAAAUAAAAUGCACACAGAUAAGACUGUCCUUGUAUUUUAAUCUAAUGAAUCAUUAGGUCAUUGAUGCUGUAUCCUGCUGUUUGUUUUAUUUUGUUUCAUUAAUGUCCUUGGCGUAGUUUUUGUUUCUGUUAGAUUAUGAAAGAUGCUGUAGCUGUGUAUAUAUCAUUAAAUCAUUUUCAGUGUGUUGUCA